AUGACUGCGCAUACCACGAGGGAACAUUCACAGGCUCGUGUCAGGGCUCCUUUUACAAAAGAGGAGGACCAACAGCUCCUGAAGUUAGUUGGUUGCUUUGGCGAUAACGCUUGGAGAAUUGUCGCAGCCGGAAUGGGCGACAGGACGGCCAAGCAGUGCAAAGACAGGUACUUCAAUAGCCUUGCCCCGAACCUGAUGAAUGGUGAAUGGACCAAAGAAGAGGAAAGACUCUUAUACGAAAAAGUUAACGAAUUUGGAAAGAAAUGGUCGGUUAUUGCAAAGUACUUUAUGAACAGAGGACCAAAUAACCUCAAAAACCACUGGAAUCGCGUGAUGUUGCGGAAGCAAGCGUCAUUUGCACCUUCCGUGGAACCAUCCGUGGUUCAAGACGAAGUCGUGCCGUUCCAUAGCGACUUCGAUGAAUUCGACAACUCAAUUUGUUUCUUCGAAGAAGUUUUUGAAGGAACCUUUUAA